UACAGCGUCGCCGAAAAGUGAACGAGAACCACCACUAUGGUAAUACAGGUUAAGACUGUUGUUAUUUUCUUUCGAAGUUAGUCUCCACAAUACGUACAGUUUGUAAAACAAACAUUAAUGAAGAAUUCACACUCAAUUAUUCGUCGUUUAGGCUACCACCAGUAAAGUUCAGCAGUAGGUUAGCGAAGGGUGAAGAUACGGUUAGGUUAUAGUUCAUCUGGCACAAACUGCGCUGUAGAUCGAACACAGCAUUAUUCUUGCCAACGUCAAAGAAUAAUAUCACACUGUCACUGCACAUUUUGAGCGUCACUGGAUUUCAUUCAUUGGCAGUCUUCUGUAAAAACUUGCCUUGGCAAUUUUGGGGCGUAGCUAACAUAGUUUAAAGUAUUUUGUUUAUAUAUUUGCUUGAAAUGUGCACGACAUAUUUCGAAUGGCAUCCUAAACAAUAGCCUUUAGUAACACUCAAAGUGCAUGACGCGGAAUUGCCAAACCGGUCCGGCUAUUCCAAAAGUCGCUGACGAUUGCAAACUUCAUUCUGAAGGGGAAAUUUGGUUAUUUUUGCACUUGUACUGUCUGCUGAAAAAAAAAAAAAAAAACAUGUUACAAUCCUCAGUUUUCGGUGAAGUUUCUGCACCAUGCAAAUAUGCAAUGGACACUCGUUGGGCCAUACGCUUGACAUUAAUUUUCUACAAUCACCUUGGAUACCACGGAGUCUGCUCGGAAUUACGAAUUUAAACGCCCUCCUGAGAAACACGGAAAGACUGAUAAAUUGUAUUCUUGCCAACGGUACAUUGUUAAAUUCAAAAGGAUUUCAAAGCACUAAACUAUUCACUUUCAUUUCUGCCCAUUUCUUCUUUCUUUUUCUUUUUGCAAGUUUGCAAGUCGUUUGAAUCCACCAAUAGGCUUUCAAGUUGGAGAUAUUGGAAUGUAAAUGAGCACAGCGCGUGCUGGCGCAGUGAAAGCGUUGGAUUGUUUAUUGAGCUCCUGGAGCCACGCGCCUGGCUCGCUGAGUCGGUGAGCAGAAGAAUCACACAGCGGGGCGGGGUCUUCCAAAGAAGCGUGCAUCUUUUAAGGGGUGGGGUGUCGGACGCGUGUUGAAAAAGCCAAGUGCUGCCAAAGUUUGUAUCAGAUCGACCACUGGUAGGGGGGCAGUCGAGACUUGGACCACAACACUAAGAACGGCCCCACACGCGAAAGACACGAGAGCGGUACGAGGCCACUUUUGUUGUUUUCCUCGCCUUGUUAGUCUGAGGGUGGAUUGGCGCAACCCUUCGGCUUGGUGUACCCCAACCUCGAGAUGGAGACCAGUACUGUCAUAACUACACAGCUACCACAAGUUCCGUGCCCCUUUGGGCGCGCAGAGAGACGCGCCGCCAUCAGCUUGCACGGAUCAGCGCAAGAGUGCGCUAUCCCCGACGCGGCCUCUAGUGAAGGCAAAAGCAAAGUGCUGAAAAGACAGCGCUCCAGCUCGCCGGAACUCCUGCGGUGUAAGAGGAGGCUCACUUUCAACGGACUGGGUUACAACAUUCCGCAGCAGCAGCCGGUCGCCGUGGCCAGGCGUAACGAGCGGGAAAGAAACAGGGUUAAACAAGUCAACAUGGGUUUUCAGACCUUGCGCCAACACGUGCCGAACGGAGCAGCCAACAAAAAGAUGAGCAAAGUGGAGACUCUGCGCUCGGCGGUGGAAUACAUCCGCGCUCUGCAGCAACUUUUAGACGAACACGAUGCCAUUUCGGCAGCAUUUCAGUGCGGCGUUCCGUCUCCUACUCUGUCCAACACGUACUCUGGCGACCCAGAAUCGCCCCAUUCGUCUUAUUCUUCCGACGAUGGCAGCUACGAGCAUCUGAGCUCUGAAGAUCAAGAGCUUCUGGAUUUCACGACAUGGUUCGAUAGAUACUGAUGACAAACUCAUUCUAGGGGACACCAUCUCCAGUUGCCCGAUCGUCGAAUUAGGCUACGCUUUUUGCUCUUCCAGCAUUGGCAUCGAUUCGUCCAAACGUUGCAGAUGCCAACAGUUUGCAGCUUUAGGCAACAUGCUGAGUCCCCCUUUUUUCUGUGAGAGAAACGUGGAUUUAAACGGUGCUGAAGUUCGCCUUGGGACUCCGUCUGGAACCAUUCGCUCUAAAGAUUUAAGGAUAAAGGACUGUCGCGUAGACUCAACGCAAAGAUUUGAGUUGAUAAGUGCAAUUAUAGACUUUAUGUUGAUAAAAUGCCACCUCUUUAAAUCCAUUUUUAAUGAACAGCAACCAGUUAAGUCGAAUAGUCAGUGGGGUAGUUUUAUCCCAAAGCGUGUCGCCGGGUCUGCUGAAAUUCUCGACGCCAAUAUUUCUUGAGUGGAAAGUUGUACUAUAAGCUGUAUUGUUAAAAAAUGAAGAUUUAUUUUUGUAUGCCGAGCAAAAAACCAUGUAAACUGCUUAUUUGUGACAAUGACCCCGUGGUAGCCUAAUUAGUCAGAAGACAUGUUGCUCUUAACACUGAAUAGGAUGUGUUCGGUAGAACAUACAGUAUGAUGAUUAGAUAUAUUUUGCUCCUUGUUGAAGGCGCAUGUAAGAAAAUAUUUUUUCAAUGUAUGCACUUGUUCUCAGUUUUCUGUAGACUGCAAAAAUGUACAUAUACGCGAUUUUUAACAUAUAUAUUUUGUGUAAAAAGUUUUUAA